GACUGUGACGUCUGGGUUCCGUCAUGAACAUUGAGCGCUGAAGCGGCCUGCAGUCAAUGAGACUCGGAUGUACAUGUGAAUGGACGCUACAAUUAUUACAUCUAAUAGCUCGAUGUUACAGUCUUCGCGAGGUCUAUGUUUCCGCCGGCAUCGAUGUUUUCAAUUGUAAUCUUGCUCUCGUUCCUGGCUGUUUCGGCUGAUGCGGAUUUCUUUCAGUUCGACAGCAUUUCAAAUGUUUCUACCUAUUAUUUCAAUUACAUCUAUUGCAAUAUUUGGGAAGGAGACUGUCAGCCACACCAGGAUGAUGCUAACCAACAAGUGCCUACUGGGGACAUUUGGCCAGGGUUUCCCCAGUAUUACACUGGCAUGCUGACUGCUUGGUACUGCAGCCUGGGUCAGUGCUGUGAUUCAGGAGACUGUAGGAUUACAAAUAAUAUCACAGGAUUGGAAAGAGAUCUACAGAUGAAGCUCCAUGGGCAGCACCUGGCCCAGUCUGUGGUUCUGAAAGCCAUUCAAGGUUUCAUCAAAAACCCUGAGUCCAACAAACCACUGACUCUGUCUUUUCAUGGCUGGUCUGGAACAGGCAAGAACUUUGUGGCCCGGAUAGUAGCGGACAACCUCUACAGGGAUGGUAUAAAGAGUGAAUGUGUGCGUUUGUUCAUUGCCCCUUUCCACUUCGCUCACGAAAGAUUGGUGGAUGUGUACAAGGGCCAGCUAAGAGAAGCCAUUCGAGACAUGGUUCUGAGAUGCCCACAGACUCUCUUUAUCUUUGAUGAGGCAGAAAAGCUUCAUCCCGGACUCAUCGACGCCAUAAAGCCCUAUAUGGACCACUAUGAUAAUGUGGAUGGGGUCAGCUAUAGGAGAGCCAUAUUUCUGUUCUUAAGCAAUAUCGGUGGGGGUGCCAUCAAUGAGGUGGCACUGGAUUUCUGGCACUCGGGACAGAACAGGGAAGAUAUCGGCAUGGAAGACUUAGAACAUCUUCUGCGUGCUGAAGCCAUGGAGGCAGAAGGAGGUUUCGCUCAGAGUGAGCUCAUGUCAGGCCAUCUGAUUGACUUUUUUGUGCCAUUCUUGCCGCUGGAGUACCGGCAUGUGAAACUGUGUGCACGUGAUGCAUACGCAGCUCGUGGCCUCCAGCCGGAGGAGGGGACACUGGAUGAGGUGGCUAAAGCCAUGCUGUACGUUCCUAAAGAGGAGAAACUCUUCUCUGCACAGGGCUGCAAAUCCAUUCCUCAAAGGAUCAAUUUCUUCCUACCAUAACGGAGCAUAACAUAAGAUCAGCAAAAUUAAAGAAACACAGAGUAUACUUGAAUGAUGCAGAAAUGACUGCUGAUAUCUGACAUGAACAUACAAACAAUGCAGAAAAAACUUCAUAUACCGAGUUGCAACUCUAUAUCUUACACUCUGAGAGUCAGGACAGGGACAGGGAGAGGGGGUUUGCUUGUGACAAACCCUACUGAAAUUAUAUUUUUAAGAACUUUUUAUCUACAUCUAUCUGCUUCUCCCAAGCAAUGUUACAGUUUAAAAAAUGCACUUACAAAGCACACCUCUUAAUCAAGCAAGCAAAACCAGUGUUUCAUUAUUUUUUUUUUACAUUUACAGAGUUAAAGGGAAGUGCUGUUCACAACCAUUUUUUUUUACACUCAUAAUAUGUAUUUCUGAGCAAAACAGGAUGUUCGUUAGAAUAUUGUCAAAUGAGUUUGUUCUUACAAACUAAAAAUCAAUUUUAAAUGAUUUUCGACCAUAUGCCACUAAGCAGAUCCAUUUUCUUUAACCUCGGGUAUAUAUUUUAGUUGCUGUUUAAGAACUUUGCAUAUUUUGGACAAUUCAAUCAAAGUCUGAAUUGAAGAUCAUAUUUCAAGACUUACGUAACAAUAAAAAAAUAUAUAUUGUAUUUAAUAUAUUUAUUGUGUACUUUUUGUGUCAUGUAUAUUUAAAGGUUACAAUCUCUUUAAAUGUUACAAAACUACCGUAGUUAAUGUUGUAUGUGGUUUUUGUUAAUUGAUAUUUCAAUUGUGAACACAUUCUGAUAUAACAAUAUGAAAAUGAUUCGGUGUAGGGAAAGAAGCUGCUAUUGAAAAGGUAGCUAUGUGCUCUUGAAAAGGUAGAUUAUGAAGUUAGAAAAAAAGCGAGUGUUAAGCUUGACAAACGUGAUACUGAAGGAAUUGAGACUUGAUGUAAUGCACUUUUUUCACAUAGGCCAGUAUGCAUUUUAUCAAUUUAUCAGAUCUGAUUUGAUUCACUGUAUUCAGUUGUCAGGUAACAUUCAUCUUUGACUAAUGCUCUGAUAAUGUUUACUGAAAGAACUAAACUGAAGUUGUGCUUGAACGUCACUAAAGGUCAGUGUUUGAUGGAUGAACCAUUUUAUGCCACCAGCUAAAAUUCUAAACUUUUGUAAGGGCCUUGUCUACAAAUAAAAAUCAGCCAAAGUGAUGCCAAA